AUGGCCUACCGGGCGAGCGUAACAGAAGCCAAAACCAGGCAGCCCAUGGACAUGGUCAUCUGGGACACAUCCGGUGAAGUCGCUGAUCUUCACAAACUCAAGGGCGUGCAAAACGUGGACUGUGUGGUCCUCUGCAUGACUGUGGACUCUCCUGAUUCCAUUCGCGACAUUGAGGAUAUAUGGAUGCCGAAAAUCCGAAAUUUGUAUCCGGGACGCCCGCUAGUACUCGCUGCCCUACGGAUUGAUCUUCGCGACAAUUACAAGACGCUUCAAAUGCUUGCCGACGCACAGGAUCAGCCAUUAAGCUCUGCAGAGGGUAAGAGAAUCAUGGACCGCAUUGGAGCUGCCAGUUACUUUGACUGCUCGGUCAAGUGCCGCGAAGGUGUGCAGGAUCUUUUUCAUGAAGUGGCAUUCCAAGGCCUACAAGCGAAAUCGGAUCCUCGGCGCUCAAAAAAUCUCUGGGAACUUACUAAACGGUCGUUUCGAAGGAGUUGGAAAUUUCAAGCAGUUUGA